AAUUAUUCAGUGGAGCAGAUCCCAACAUGGAUCUUUUCACUGACAGCACAAUCCCCACACAGGUAUAGUAACACUGUUUCUAACGUACAACUGAAAACUCAAUCACAGUACGUGCAGUGCAAUACAAAUAUUUAUCUAUACAUAAAACUUCACUGCAUAACAGAUAAUCUUGUGAAAUGAAGUGCAUACAGACCAGCACAGCGAACCAGUACUUAAGUAUCUGUACAUAUUUGCUACAGGAUAUCAAUAUAGCAGUGAGUGAGAGAGGUAACGCCUUCCUCGUCCUUACUCUCCAACCUUUCCUUGAUGUCAAACCAUGUAAUUGUAGCAACAAAUUACGCCACAAAGAAACCGCAUUUUGAUAACGCUAAAGAUAACCUGCCUUCUCGGUUAAUUUCGGAACUUCCCUCUAAGUAAUACGGUUUCUUGUUUGUUUAUGAUAGAUUCUUCUGUCUUGAUUUAAUCAUUGUAACAUGGUAGUGAUUACCGAUAGCUUAAUCUUCAAUCAGAGUCUAGCUCCAGUAUAGCUAAUCACUUCCAAUUAAAGUGUCAAUGUUUGAUUUUUGAAAACUAAUCUAGAUGUUAUAAUACAUUCCUCUCAUUCCUUUCUAUAAAAAAUGUAAUUCUUCUCCCAGACAAAAUUAAUUUACCCUUCAAAUUGACAUUUGAUAGUUGUUUUUUGUUUUGUUUUGUUUAUUUAACAAGACUGAUAUGAUUGUUGAUACUUAAAUAUUAGUAGGAUUCGACAGUUAAUCAUCAACCAUUUAUGAGACCCUUGUUGAUCCUUCUCUGGAAGGUGGAGCCUAAAACAAGGGAAGGGGACAAUGAAGAUUGCUAUUUUCCGUGUUCUUCAGUAGAGCUCAGAGCGAUGACAGUAAGCCCAGCUGAAGGUUUUCCAUCAUUCAUUUCCCAGGAGCAAUUGUCAUCUAAUAAACGCAAAGCCGGAACUUGCCUAUCUGAUUUAUAGUUGUCUCAGAGAGGGUAAGUGGAAACACCUCCUCCUCUAAAAGACGAGGCUAUUCUCAAAAAAGUGAGUUUUAGGGGUUAAAAACAUGUCAAAUCCUGAUUUGAAGAAGCUCGAGGUUUUCUACAACCUCCUGAACAGUUGCAGUUUGGGUGCAUUUUGCAACAACUCUCUGCUGUCAUUUCACAAUUCAAACAAUGAGAGUGGGAUGGAGAGUCCAGAUGAUGGAACGCUGAGAGUGUUCAUCUCUGUGGUGUACUUCAUUGUGGCUACAGCUGGAGUGUUGGGCAACUUGCUGGUCAUGUUCCUACUUUAUUCAACUCACACCAUCACCACUGGCACCAUCAACUUCUUUGUUUUCAACCUAGCUUUGGCCGACCUACUGUUUUCUCUUGCCUUACCCUUUUGGGCGGUGGACAUUGCUCUGGACUACAGUUGGCCUUUUGGCUUAGCUGCAUGUAAGGCUGUGUCCUUGCUAACUGGACUGAACGUCUUUGCAAGUUGCUUUUUUCUGACAGCUAUGAGUCUGACACGCUACUGCUACGUGGCAACAGCUCUCAAACCUGGAUCGUCCCUAUGCAACAGAUCUUGUACCUUCCCGGUAACCACAGCUAUCAUUUGGGUUGGGGCUCUCAUCGUGGCAGUACCCAGGGCCCGGUACGCAGACCUCAGCCGUGUGGGCAGCGGCAAUGACACAGCAUGCUUGCUCCGCUUCCCAGAAGGCACGGCUUGGCUCGGAAUAAACCAACUCCUGCGAGUGGUUCUGGGAUUUCUGCUACCCUACGCCAUCAUCAUCCUCUCCUACUUGCUCUUGCUGCGAUUCCUCUGCAGGCACAAACUGAAAGGGAGCAGCAACACUCGGCGAAAAGCCGACAUCUCAAAAUCUGUGGCUGUGGUGGUGCUGACCUUCUGUGCCUGCUGGUUUCCCUACAAUGUCCUCACUCUCUGGAGCGUCCUGAUACAGCUUGACAUCAUUGAUAUGAGCAAAUCGUUCUACAGUGCUCAGACGUACUUCUUCCCUCUGGCCAACUGUUUAGCUUUCACCAGCAGCUGUUUCAACCCUGUCAUCUAUUGUCUGGUCAGGAAGGAAUACCGAACAGCUCUGCGUAAUGUUUUCUUCAAGCUGAGUUUGGCCAUCAUGUCCAAGAUGCCCUAUGCGCUUAACUCCGAGGAGGGUUUAGGGCAAGGUCGUCAGCUUGGUAUUCCUCUCAGCAACGUCUACAGCCAGACGUGCCAAACUUACUCAAGGGGCUACACACCGCUGACAACACUUCCUGCUGGAACAUCACCACUGUAAAGUCUCAACCCAAUGUUUCCUCAGUCUUUCUCUGCGAUAGAGUUUGUAUUGUCUGUGUUCUGUGGGGACAUUAGGAGCAGAUAGUAAUUUGCCUGCAGCAGCAGUCUGAGUCAGAGCCGCACAAUUUUGAAAAGCAAGCAAUUGCAAUUAGUUUUGAGAAUGCAACAAUAUCAGCUUUGAAAAAUAUACAUUAUUCUCAAACUUCUGUUUCUCACCUGUUUUUAAGAUGAUUCCAUCAGUCUUAGCAUUUACUGCCUAUGGUUGAAGUGGUGCAUUGCAGAAAAACACAGGCAGGAAGUAAACACAAGUAACCUUCUUCUACUACCACACACCACACUUUACUACCCAAUAAAGUGAAAUGCAAAAUUAUACUGAAGGAAUUUCUCUUUUACCAGGAUAACCAAUAAAAACAACGCACAUUUUCGUAUUUUAUGUAUUUAAAAACAUGUCUUGUCUUGAACUGAGACUGAUCAGCUACCUACAGCAGGCAAGAUACUAGUCAGCUCCAUAUGAACUCCAGAAAGCCUCUCUUAAAGAAAUUCAUGCUGUUCUUUUAAGACUUCUGACUUCAUGUUGUACCAAUAUUUAACUUUUCCCCCUAAUGAUCAGUAGUGUCUGUAUGAGAAUGUUCAUGUUGAUGCAGGUACUUAGCUUUUGUGGAUCUGCAUAAAAAUUGAAACGUUCUGACAUUUUUCAAAGUUGCAUAUGCUAAAAUAUUACCUAAAGAGAUUGUGCCAGCGUCUCUUCUUUCCUUCCUCUUUAUUGUUUGACUGGAAAUAAUAAACAAUAUUUUGUAGUUAUUCUUAACUUUUGUGGGGGAAAAAAAUCUCUCCCCUUUUGUAUUCUGCUGUUGCAGCAAUAGUUUAGUUGUGAUUGUGCUUGUUUCAUUUCAGUGUAAAGUGUGAAGAUGUU